AAAAGAACUGAGGCCGAUCUGCUUGUUCCAUUUCCGCAGUGUUCAAAACCAGUUGGCCGCUGCCUGCCUGCGGAUGCUCUGAGAAAGUGAGAAGUCCAUUCGGACUGCUGCGUGAGAACAACGCGCGUACGGGCGGCGCCGACUUCGACGUCGACGCGGACUCCCUCCUCCACGCUCGCCGGCGGCCGGAAGCUCCUCCGGGUGAAGGCGUCAGAUUACCUUGCAGCCACCAACUAAUUCAUGGAGUCGGCAGAGGUGGCUGCUUCUUCCACAUUCGGGCCUACCCCAGAGAUGGAGAAGUUCCUGUGCGAUCUGCUGCUUGACACGGCACAGCCCAUCGCUGAACGCUUCCGUGCGCUCUUCUCCCUCCGCAACCUCCAUGGUGAUGGCCCCCGCUGCGCCCUCCUCCAAGCUGCAAGGGAUUCUUCUAACUUGCUUGCCCAUGAGGCUGCUUUUGCACUUGGACAAAUGCAAGAUGCUGAGGCUAUCCCUGCGUUAGAGGCAGUUCUCAAAGAUCUUUCACUUCAUCCAAUUGUCCGCCAUGAGGCUGCGGAAGCCCUUGGUGCUAUUGGCCUGGAGAAGAGCAUUCCCCUGCUUGAGGAGAGUUUAGCUGCUGAUCCUGCCGUGGAGGUUCAGGAAACAUGUGAGCUGGCUCUUAGGCGGAUAGAACAACAAAAGAAUGCUGGUGUUUCUGAAAGCACAACCAUUUCACCAUUUCUCUCAGUUGAUCCAGCAUUACCUGCAAAGCAAGGACUUUCGGUACACCAACUAAGGGAGAUUCUUCUCAACGAACAAGAAAGCAUGUAUGAACGUUAUGCGGCUCUUUUUGCACUAAGGAAUGAUAGCAGAGAUGCUGCUGUUUCUGCUAUAGUUGCAGCUCUAGGUGCCAAAAGUGCCCUUCUAAAGCAUGAGGUUGCUUAUGUGUUAGGUCAGCUGCAAAAUAAAGCUGCUUCGGAUGCGCUUUCCACCGUCCUGAAGAAUGUUGAUGAGCAUCCAAUGGUCAGGCAUGAAGCUGCUGAGGCCCUUGGUUCAAUUGCAGAUCAAGAAAGCAUUGCACUUCUGGAGGAAUUCGCGAAGGAUCCUGAGCCUAUAGUCUCCCAAAGCUGUGAAGUCGCGCUCAGCAUGCUCGAAUACGAGAGAUCCGGAAAAUCCUUCGAGUUUUUGUUUCUGCAGACUCCUGGGGUGCAGCAGGAGUCCUGAGUAAGAUAGAUAUAUCUACUCCAGGCUUCUAUAUCGAUCUACUGCCAAGCUGACCGACAAAUUUUGUCAUCAAUUUUGUCAAGACGCUUCACUCCUAUCAAUAGUUAUACCAUAAGAGUGUUUGUUGCUUAUGUUUUUCACCACUAUUGUUUCUCCUGGUCUCCUGCUGCUUAUGUCUUGGACCAUGAGAGUCAAAACAGCUAGUAAGAAUUUACCUGAGAAUUUUCGGUUUCAUGGUAACUAGAAAUACCAUGUAAAACUUUACACAGAUAGUCAAUGAUGUAUCGACAUAGCAACAUUAAAUAUUGAAGGACUUCAUGAGCAAACAGAAAGAGAACAAUAGGCGGACACGUUCUAGAGCAAAGGUUGCUGAUUACCUGUUAAGAGUGGAUUGUUCCUAUCGAGAAUGAUUGUAUACUCGUUUUACA